UAGCUCGUGAGCAACGCGUGCAGGUUACUUUACACGAACACAACACAAGGCGCGUCCUCAACUGUACUUUCCAAUAUUCGUGUGACAUAUUCACGAUUGCACGGUACCCCCGCCGGCUCCUGCGCGCGCGCACUCAGUCCGCCAGCUCGCUUGCAAGGAUGGCGCGGUUCCCAACACUGACCGUCAUUGCACUCGUGUUUAUUUCUGAUAUAACGUGCCAAAGAAAGCCGAUAAAGGAAGCGUUAUUUUUAAACAGUGAUAGCUUCGCCAACUCUACUUUAGAAGAUUGCGUUUGGAAACGAGAGAGAGAGCCCUGUCCAGACCCCAAUGUUACCCUUAAUUUGUACACGGAAGCAGAACCUUAUAAGAAAACUGUCGAUCUUUACAGCGGAGACUGGUUACGACAAAGCGGCUGGGAGCCCUCACACGAGACAAUAUUGCUUGUCCACGGAUACGCGGGAGGGGAUGAUACUCUUCCCAUUGUUGUUCUUAGAGAUGCGUACCUACGUCGCGGUGGCUACAACGUCUUCAUGCUGGACUGGGGCCAGCUCUGCCAGCCGCCGUGCUACGUAGCUGCAGUUCACAACCUGCGACCGGUCGCGCGAUGCGUCGCAGAGGCUCUGGGGUCGUUGCGUCGCGCGGGAUUGCGACCGGAUCGAUUGACGUGCGUGGGACACUCAUUGGGCGCGCAUUUAUGCGGGAUAAUGUCCAAUUAUAUCAACUUCAGGAUGAACAGAAUUAUUGGUCUGGACCCAGCCCGUCCCCUUAUCAGAUCAGCUCCAGCUCUGCGCCUGGACCCUGGAGAUGCGAAAGCUGUCCACGUACUCCAUACUAAUGCUGGACGGUAUGGGGAAGGUGCCAGGUUGGGGCAUGCAGACUUCUGUUUGAAUGGAGGGAGAAGUCAGCCGUACUGUGAGGAUACUCCUAACGAAGCGCUGUGCAGCCACGUGUGGUCGAUCUGCUACCAGGCGGAGAGCCUGUUCCGCGCGCGCGAGGCGGCGCCGUGCGGCCGGCGCUGCUCCGUGCGCGUGCCGCCCGCGCGUGCCUCCGCGCUCCCCGUGCCGCUGGGACAGCCCGCGCCUAUGACGGCAUCAGGCGCGUACUGCCUCGAAGACUUCUCUACACCCUUCUGCCCAGCAACUACGGGCUUGAAGGAAGGCGACAUCAGAUGCUGUCUCGACAAACAGUACGCGGCCGCUGCAACAACCACACAACCGCCGAGAACUCGACCGAGGCCUAUAGUACGCCUACGAUCACGAAGGGUUAAGAACAUUGCCUCCAACCAUACAUGGGAGGAUAACAAUUAUCCGGCUAUUGAGGAAUGACAGAAUUAUAUAUUCUUUACUCUGCAUUUAUUGCAACUGUGUGUUCAUGGUUUCUUUAUGUCAAUCCUCUAAAUUGACUAUAAUAAGACUCUUACCGUUUUAAUCUCUGUUAUUACUUUUUUGUCUGUAGGUAUUGUAUCUUAUCAAAUUAAAGAUUUCAUGCCCUUUAGUUGUAUCAUGAACGUUUAUUAUGCGAUAGUUAUUUAUAUACAGAGCAUUGAAAUAAAUAAAUGUUACAUUAUUUUAAAGGGGGCAGGAUUUGCUUGGACUGACUUUUUGUUGUUUAAUAUUAAGGAAUAACUGUAAGAAGAAUUAGUACAAUAUUUGUCUAUAUCAUAUUGUAGCCAAAGAAUUUGUUUUAGAAUCUAAAAUAAAUUAUUAUUUGUGGCA